AAACUUCUUUGUAAUAACUUUUUUAAUUUAUAGUAGAAAGAAAUCAUUAAAAAUCAAAUAGUGGAGUGAAAAGGAUUAAUUAAACAAUUUAGUAACUAUGUCGUCUUUGCAUUUUGUCGUAUCAAUUAAUGGAGGUGAUCAAUUAAACGACAGAAUACGCGAAGUCGCUGAAAAGAUCAACAAAUAUGGAACUCAAACAUUUCCAGCAUUGCAUUCAUUGAAGAUACCUGUGAAACAGGUUGUUAUUGGAAACACAUACUUAGGUGUCCUCUUAGCAGAUGGUAGAGCUUUUCGUGUCGCAUAUUCGGUUAUUGCUGAACGUUUGGAUCUGAGCAAACAUGACACAUCGAAUAAAAAUAAUGGUACUAAUCCUGGAAAUGGAGGAACUACUAAUAGCGGUUCAGGUGGCAGUGGAACAUCGAAAAAUGCGCAGGCUUCAUCUCGUCAAUUGGCACGAUCAACUCGUGCAAGAAUUAUGAGAACUAACGGAAGUUCCGUUCGUGGACAGACAUCAAGAAGUACUGGUGUCAUUAUUGGUGGUACAACAUCGACUGGACGCUCUCUCGUUCAUACGGUGCCUGCCACAUUCGUACCAGAAGAGCUUAUUUCGCAAGCACAAGUAGUAUUACAAGGAAAAAGUAGAAAUCUCAUUAUUCGCGAAUUGCAAAGAACAAAUCUGGAUGUUAAUCUCGCUGUAAACAAUUUAUUGUCACGUGAUGACGAGGAAGGUGAGGAUACAGAAGAAGGCAGUGAUAAUUAUGUCCCCGAGGAUUUGAUUUCAUUACUCGAUAGUGGAAUACACCCUGACCCAAGCUUACUCCUUGAUAAUGAUGCAAUGUUUUCAGAAGAUAUGAGGACAUUUAGGAAUUUAAUGCUCAGCAGUCGUGAUCGAAUGCAAAGUUCCUCAUCACAAUCGGCAAAUCAAAAUGAUAGCAACAAUUUGAGAGCAAGUGGAAGUGGAUCAGUUAGUGCUGUCGUAACUGGUUCUUCGGGAAAUAGUACUAGCUUAACAUUUGGUAGGAUUAGAGAUAGGACAUAUUUUGGUCCACGUAGAUGGUUCCAAUCAAGUCGUGAGGAGGUGCAAUGGGAGAAGGAACAGGAUAGCAGAAGCAAAAUGGAUACAUCAUCCGGCUUCCCGCUAUGGAUCUCAGAUGAUUUAGAAUUUUGGCCUGACAAGGACGGAACUCGAUUCUCUCAAAUUGCAUCGCUUCAUUCAGAAUUCAUUGCUGUCUCAACAAAGGGUGAAUUGCAUCAAUGGAGAUGGAUUGAUCGUGAGCCUUACAAAAAUAACGAAUUUUCAAAUAUUCAUCAUCCAAAAGUUCAAGCAUUAAGCUUAGUCUACGAGAAAGUCGUCCAUAUUUCAGCAACAACAAUUCGUUGCUCUGUUGUUACAGAAAGUGGAAAGAUAGCGACAUGGAUGGAUGAACAGCUCGGAUAUGCAGGAAAUAAAUUAGAACAUCCCGCAACAAGUUAUCCAGAAUUUACACUCGACAAGAUAAUUUCAUUAAAUACAUGCUCACUUUAUACAAUUGCACGUACUGAGAGUGGUGAACUAUUCUGGUGGGGUGUGUUGCCAUUUAGUCAACGUAAAAAGAUGUGGGAAAAAUACAAAGCAAAAUCGAAAAAGCCACAAAAGAAAGAUAAAGAUAAGGAUUCUGCACAAAAUGAAAUUAUUGUUGGUGCUCAAGUCUGUAUGAAAAAUAUUCCAAUGUAUCAACCUGGUGCUAUUGGCUUUUGCAUUUCAAAUGGCGUUCCAAAAGUAGGUCAGCUAAUGAAUGCCGCUUGGGAUUUGCAGAACAUAUGUCGUUUUAAAAUUCUUCCCAUGCCACAACAAAUUGGAACAUCGUCAUUGUCUUCUUCUAAUGUAGAGAAGGAAACGAUGUCAAAAAUUAAUGUACCAACUUCCACAUCAAAUUCAAGUGGUUCAUCAUCAAAUGUUGGAAAUAAGGAGACAACAGAUCGUAUGGAUAUGCCACCACCACCAUCACCGGCUAGUUCUACAUGUUCUGAUACAUCGAUUAGUGUAAAGAGAAAGAGAAUUGUUCAAAAGGACGAUGCAGAUGGAAAGAAAGAUGAAGAAUUAUGGAACUUGAAGGAUGUUGUUUUUGUUGAAGAUUUGCGUUCAGUUCCAAUAGGAAAAGUUCUUAAAGUUGAUGGGCAGUAUGUUGCAGUUCGCUUCCAAAACACAAGUUCAAAAGAAAAAUUUGAUGAGUCAUCAUCUGAUGCAUGGCAAGAGUGCCGUUUACUUCGUAAAGACGAACUUCAAUUAAUUAAAUCGAAUGCGAAUUCUCGUGUUCCUGAUUGCAUUCAAAAAAUUCCUCGUCGUGUUGUGCUCAAUCAGCAAUUAAAUGAAAAUUCUCAACUUUUGGCACUGACAAUUGACUCGAAAGGAAUUCAUACAAUAAUGAAGACUGGACAGAAACUUCACUAUUCACAUUUCAAUUUGAGUAGUGGAAGAUUAGAAAAAACUAGCAAUUUCCCGACCGAUCUUAAUUCGUUCAUGGGUAAACAGCCUCAAAAUAUAUCAAUUCAAUGUGCCGGUGAUCAAGCAGAAAGUAUUUUAAUUUUGCGAGAUGGAAAUAAGACUAUUUAUCCUCUAGCUAAGGAUUGCGUUGAAUCAAUUAGAGAUCCACUUUGGAUGGACUUACCACCACUGAGUUGCGUGGCUGCAACGCCCGUCACCAUUCAUUCAUCAAAUUCAAAUACGAAAACGCAAAUUACAUUAUUAGUUUUGGCAACGGAACAGCAAAUGCUUAUGCCAAAAAUCAUGCGAUGUGAUGUAGAUGCUGUUAAAUAUUUCCUGCAGCAAUUGAAUAACGAACUGAAAUCACAAGUUACAUCUGUUGUUCAGGAAUUUUCUGAUGGAAAUAGAAAUAUAUUGCAUGCUUGUAUAUCGCAAUGCUCUCCAACAUCUAACAAGGAUUCAGAUACGGAUUUAUUAUCUGCUGUUAAUACAGCCACUAAUCCAGGAUUGGAAUGCAUUAAUACAAUUGCAAACUCGAUGAUUGGGUCACGUUCUUCUAGCAAUAUACGUGAUUUGAUGAGAAGAUCAUCCUCAACUUCUGCUUUGGCAGGUGAGGUUCAUCACAUGUCAACAUCAGGUGUCUCGGUUACAUCUGCAGACGAUAAUUCAAUUAACUUGUCAUACUGGCCAUCUGAAUAUGAAGGUGGAAACUCAGGUGACGAAGACAGUUUGAGUGGAAUUCAGAUUCCUAAACCACAACAACCAACACAUCCAGCUGAAAUUUACGUAUCAGAUCCAACUGAAAGACGUUUAAAUGCUUUACUAAGUGUCCAGUUAAUUUGUGAAAAUCAAGCGUUUCAACCACAUUUACGUCAGUUGCUUAGUUCUAAAGAUGCAACAGGUCAAACUCCAUUCAUGCUUGCUGUUUCAAGUCGCUCUUAUCAAGCUGGAAUAGUUUUAUUUGAUACAAUUCUUAAAAUUGCUAAUGGAGAUGCGCAAGUAAGAGAUUCGAUGGUGUUUCCUAAUGGAUCAACACCAGAUCAAUCUCCGUUACAUGUUUUGUGUUGUAAUGAUACUUGCUCAUUUACAUGGACCGGUGCUGAUCAUAUUAAUCAAGAUAUUUUUGAAUGUCAAACUUGUGGCUUAAGCGGUUCUCUAUGCUGCUGCACGGAAUGUGCAAAGGUAUGUCACAAAGGACACGACUGCAAAUUAAAACAAACAACUCCGACUGCAUAUUGUGAUUGUUGGCAAAAAUGUAAAUGCAAAGCUUUAGUUGCUGGAAAUCAAACAAAACGUACGGAAUUAUUAGAAAAAUUAAUUAAAGAUACUGAUCUUGUUAUGCGUUUCAACUCGCGUGGAGAAUCAAUUUUGCUCUUCCUGAUUCAAACAGUCGGUCGUCAAUCGAUUGAACAGAGACAAUACAGAUCAACAAGAGUUCAACAGAGAAGUUCUGGAAGUUAUUUAAAUAGGAAAACUCCAUCGAUUGAUACUGAAGGAGAAAUGCCUGAACAUGAUUUGGAACCACCAAGAUUUGCUCGUAAGGCAUUGGAGAGAUUGCUUGGUGAUUGGAAUGCAGUAAGAAGCAUGAUACAGACUGGAGUGGAAACUGAAUUCAAUUUAAACACUUUCACAACCCAAAUUUUUUAUGAGGAUAAUGAUAGCAAGAAUCUUUACAUAAACUCUCAAAGCGGAACAAUUAUGCUGGAUAAAUUUACUCACAUUCUGUUCUUCAGAUGUAAUAAUGAGCCACUUGAUGCUUUGCUUGCCACUUUGAUUAAAGAACUUCAAAAUGAAGCUAUUCCAGGACGAGUUGAUGAAGCACAAAAGGUUGCAAGACGCUUCGUUCGAUCCGUUGCUCGUGUCUUUGUAAUUUUCAGUAUUGAAAAGUCAAACAAUCCAGAUAAGCAGCGUAAUUCAACAAUGCAAGCUCGCUUAAUGCUUGCUUACCGUCGUGUAUUCACAUCCUUAUUGAAAUUUGCUAUUGAGGAAUUAGCUGAAAUUGCUGAUGCUUUAAUUGCACCAGUUAGACUUGGAGUUGUUCGUCCAACAGCUCCAUUCCAACUGUUAACAUCUGGUGGAAAUAAUUUAGAUGCUGACGACUUAUUCUCUGUUGAGCCAUUAGCUCCAGCUUCUCGACAAAGCACUAUAGUUGAUGCUGUUGCUUCCCGAAUCGAUAGUGAAACAUCUGAAAGUGGCUUUUUGUCACGAAUUUCAUCAGCAUUAAGAAAUGAACUGGAUAAUGAUGCAGACGCAAUGGUUCAAGAUGAUGGUGACAUAUCUGAACAAGAUGAGGCACAGUCAGUCAUUCAUUCACGUCAAAAUAUUAGUAACAAUAAUAAUAACAAUGUUGUCGAUGACGUUCCUGAAGAUCAAAUUGGACAAGGCGAUGGACAUGAAGCUGAAAGUGAUAAUGAAUUCAAUUUCCAAGAAGCUGAAACUGAGAGCGAUUCAGAUGAUAAUCAAAGUACUCAAGAUGCUGGACGAAGUGUCCAAACAGGUGCAACAGCUGGUUCUGAUACUGGUUUAUCUAAUUUCGUUUUAAUCAAUGAAGAUGACACAGGUGACUCAAGUCAGCAAGAUGAAGAAAAUUCAGAAGACGGCGAUAGUGAUGAGCAAUCGACAGAAGAAUUUGUACUUGAUGAUCCAACUGAUAGAAGAACAUCAUCGACUAAUUUACAAAGAAGUAAUGCCCCACCACAUUCAUUACAUUGGGCAAUAAGGAAUCGCGAUACUACAAGAACAACAAGCUUACAUCGUUUAGCUGGAGCAUCAAAUCUUGUAUUUAUUGAUCCGAGUGCUAUAAGAAGAUCUGCUUCUGCCAAUGCAGUUGCGCAAGAAUCGCCUACAAUGGCUACAACAUCGAGUGCAUUGGCACGCGCCUUUGGAAUUGUAUUGAGGCAAAUUAGUGAACUUGUUGGAAUGUUGGCAUGGAAAUUUAGUUGUCCAUCAUCAAAUAGCUAUCAGAGCUAUGAUUUAACAUAUCAAGAAGCUGUUCAACUUCAAAUGUACGUUGAGAAACGUUUGAAACCCACAUGGGAUUGGAUAUUAACCGUAAUGGAUGCAACAGAAGCACAACUACGAUUUGGAGCAUCAUUAACAGACUCAGCAGAUUCUGCACAUCCACUUCAUCCACACAAUUCAAACUCAACCACUACAACAACACCUGCACCAAACGCUGGACCGCCACUACAAAGAUCAAAUCGUACAGUCACAAUUCAAAUGCUUACACCAAACUUAUCAAACUCAAAUAGUGGCAGUCGUGCGCGUGAUCGCAACGGUGCAGACAAUUCAACAAGCCGUCGUGACUUUUUGAACUAUUGCUUGUCAUUGAUGAGAUCUCACAAUUCAGAACAUCGUGAUUCUUUACCGGUUUUGGAUGUCACUGCAUUAAGACAUGUUGCUUUUGUACUUGAUGCUGUAAUUUUCUAUAUGCGUGCUUCAAAUGAAAUUGAAUGUGAUCGAAAUGAUUCAAAUACUUGGAUUGAUGAAUCUAUGGAUGAUAAUGAGAAUGAUGAUGAUGUAGAUGAAUUCGCAUCCUCAAUUGUUAUGGACACAGACUCAAUUGAUGAAAAUGAUAUGAUUCGUCCAUCACUUGGCAAGAGACAUGGUUUCUUUCAAAGAUCUGAAUCAACUUUGUGUCUUGGAUGUCCAACACCUGAUCCAUUCACUCCAAUGGCUGAGUCAUUGCCUUUGGCAGAACAACCGCAAUUACUUCAGCCUAAUGCUAGACGUGAAGACUUAUUUGGAAUGCCAAAACAAGCCAUAACUGUUCCAUCAACAAAUAUUGAAGCAACAGUAGCUUCAUCAACAUUGGAAUUGCCACCAAUUAAAUUAGGACUUUCUGCUCAAUCGAGAGAUGUGAUGCAAAAUAGUGCUGCAAAUACUAGCAAUGUUGUAAUUUCGGUUACACCAUCAACAUCUGAAAGUCAAGCUGAACCAAUGGUCAGUGAUGAAAAAUCAAUAGCUAGUGUAUCACAAGUUAAGGAUAUCCCAACACCCUUGAAAUUAAAGAGACCACAUUCACCACCACAGGCAGGAUCAUCAAAAGCAUACCUUGAAAAUUAUGAGGAUGACGAUUAUGAUGAAAGUAUUAAUGAAGAACCACAGAACUUGUCCACAAAAAUGAACAAUACAGAAAAAGUAGUUCCACAGCAAAUUGAUAAGCAUAUUUACGAUGAUUCUGAUGAAAGUGAUGAUGACAGCAUGCAAACGCCUGCUGCUAAGAAACAUAGACUGAUGGAGACAGGAGAAACUAUUCAUCCUAAGGAGUAUGCAUUAAUGCGAGCAUCUGAAAAAGAAUCAAAAUCACCACCUCCAGAAGAACAAGAAAUUGAUCCUUCAAUUCGUCCACCAAUAAUUGUGGUCACAAGACGAAAUGUAGCAGAAGCCAUUGAUGCAGCAACUGCGAAUAUUUUGUCAAAAAAUAAGAAGACGACUUUAAGUGAAUGUGUUGCACCUGAAACACCAAUCAACUUCUUGCCUAAUAACUUUGUGUACGAAGGCAAGCAAGGCGAAAAUGAGCCAGGUGCAAGCAAAUCUAGUGUCAUCGUUCGUGUUGGACCAUCGGCAUCUCAAAUUGACCCAUCAAUGGAUACAAUGGAUGAACAUCAAGAAGUAUCUGCAAAUGUUACAAUUGAAACAACCAACACACUGGGACCAUCACAACAAGUUGUACAGGAGUUGCCACCAAGAGGUGUUUAUUUCCGCUCAAAUGUUACAUCUGAUCUCUUACUAGGACGAUGGAGAUUAUCAUUGAUACUUUUUGGUCGAGUAUUCCAGGAAGAUGUAGGUAUGGAGCCUGGAAGCAUCAUUUCAGAACUUGGAGGAUUUCCAGUUAAAGAGGCUAAAUUUAGACGUCUUAUGGAAAAGUUAAGAAAUGGUCAACAACGUGAUUUAACGCUGUCAAAAAUUGAUCGUGCUCGAAAUUGCCUCAUUCCACAAACCUUUAAAGAACUGAAUACACAAUAUAAUAAUAACAAUAGACGGAUCCAGCCUCCAUUAGCGUUCAAUCGUGUCAAAGUAACAUUUAAAGAUGAGCCUGGCGAGGGAUCUGGUGUUGCACGUAGUUUCUAUACAUUAAUAGCCGAAGCAUUGUUGUCGAGAGAGAAUCUUCCCAAUUUGGAAAGUGCACAAGUCGGUUCGAGUAAAUACAAUGUUCCAUUCAGUACAAUGAUAAGACAACGAAAUCCCUCGGGAAGUAAUCAAUCACCAUCCGUAACAAUUGCAAGUAAUAUUGCAUCAAGUGUACAAUCAAGAGAUCUUUCUGAGCCAUUACGCAGAUUAACAUCAAAACGUACAUUGUGGAGGAAUCGAGAUAACCGUAAAGUUCUGUUAAAUUAUGAUGCGAGACCAUUUAGGCCGUCAAGUGAAGGAGGAAAUAAUGAUCAUUUGAGUAAUCAUCAGCAACAAUUAGGCGAGAGAAUUUACAACAAAGUUUAUCAAAUUCAUCCAACACAAUCAUCGAAAAUUACUGGAAUGCUUUUAGAUUUGCCACCAACUCAAUGGAUUAUGCUCGUAUCAUCUGAUGAGACAUUGAGACAAAGAGCCAAUGAAGCAAUGGCAUUAAUUACAUUCCGUCAUCGUAUGGAUCGUGAAAAUAGCAGCAAUAGCAAUGCUGGAAACAGUGGAAAUAAUAACAACAAUAAUCCACAAUUAGCUGCUGUAUCAUUAAACAUUUCCAGUUCAGCAACCCUUAAUAUCAUCAGUACUGACUCAUCUCAAAAUAGUGUAGCACCCCAAGGGACGUCAUCUCAACAAAGCUCAAAGAAAUUAAAUCCAAUUGUUGUUCUUGAAGAUUGUCAAAAUUUAACUGUUGACGAUAAUGCACCAUUAUUCUAUCAACCUGGAAAGCCGAACUUCUAUAGCCCUCGACAAGGCUAUCCAUCAUUCGAGCGCAUUAAUGCUUUUAGAAAUGUCGGAAGAUUAAUUGGAUUAUGCUUACUACAAAACGAAUUGUUGCCAAUAUUCCUACAACGUCACGUUUUGAAAUACAUUCUCGGACGUCAAAUUCGAUUCCAUGAUUUAGCAUUUUUCGAUCCAAUUGUUUAUGAAUCAUUGCGACAAUUGGUUAAAGAUUCACAAAGUAAAAAUGGAGCACAAUUGUUACAAUCGCUUGAGCUUAAUUUUGUUAUUGAUUUAAUACCAGAAGAAGGAGGAGGUUCUGUUGAAUUGGUAAACAAUGGUCGUGACAUUAUUGUUAACGAACAAAAUGUAUAUGAUUAUGUUCGCAAAUAUGCUGAAUAUCGUAUGAUAAAAACACAAGAGAAAGCAUUGGAAGCAAUUCGUUCUGGUGUUUUUGAUGUUCUUCCUGAAACGGCACUCGACUCAUUAACUGCUGAAGACUUAAGACUCUUAUUGAACGGUGUUGGCGAUAUUAAUGUGUCUGUUUUAUCAAAUUAUACUUCAUUCAACGACGAAUCAAAUGAGAGUGCUGAAAAAUUGCAAAGAUUUAAGCGUUGGUUAUGGCAGAUUGUUGAACGUAUGACUAAUUUGGAGCGGCAAGACUUGAUUUACUUCUGGACGGGAUCACCAGCCUUACCGGCAUCAGAAGAAGGAUUCCAACCAAUGCCGACUGUAACAAUUCGCCCAGCUGACGACGCUCACUUACCAACCGCUAAUACAUGCAUUUCACGUCUAUAUAUUCCCUUGUAUUCAAGUAAAGCCGUUUUGCGCCAUAAAUUAUUGAUGGCAAUUAAGACGAAAAACUUUGGAUUUGUUUAAGUAGGAUAUUAUAUUUUUCCAAUUUAUUAUUAUCUAUUUAACUAAUUUAAAAGAAAAGAAUCAUAGAAUGAUAGGAUUGACUUACUUUAUUUAAUUUUUCAAGAAAUUCAUAGAAAUUUUCACACUGAAAUAAAAUUCAAUUAAAAAUUUCUUAUUUCUUAACUCUGCAAUGGGAAAUCAAUCGAGGUAUAAAAAAGCUUGAAUCUUUUCAAAAUUCAAUAAUUUAUGUGAUUUCAAAUAAUAAUUUACUGACAAACCUUUACGACAUGAAAAUAAAAAAAAAUAUUAAAAUAAAAAGAAAUCUUAUAAAAAAUUGUAAUUGCAGUUUGAAACUAUGGAAAAUAGUUAUAUAUGUUUUAGUUCUUACAAUAACAAAUUG